GGAUUCUUUUUAGUAUAUAGCUUUCACGUUUAAUGAAACUAAUAUAGCCUGAAGAAUUCCUUCUUUCUCGACACAUAUGGUAUGGUAGUGAUUCCACAUUUGCUAUUGGGGUAGACGGUAUAAAAUUCUGCUUGUUUGGAAACCUAGUACCCUCUAAAGGCUCACGGCGCCCCACAACUAUGCGGUUUGAUACAUUCCGACCAAAAAGUUCAAACAGUUUUUAACAAGAUAGCGCAGAUUGUGUUUUCUCAUUUUCGUUCGCCCUGGCUUCAACUUGACAAAAAAAUAAAAUCAUUUUUAAAUUAUUUCCCCCUUAUUUUUUUAGUAGUUGGAAUGAUAUUUUACCAGUCUUUUCUAGGCCUUUGUUCUUUGUAAAGAGAAGUUAUACAACAGCUUGAAUGCUUACUUCGGAAGCACAAAUAGUAAUUGGAGAAACGGUCUAAACAAGGGAGCUUCUGAGGUUAGUCCACUCUAGCCUCUGUCUGAAGGGUCUAAUAGCUCCUCAACAAGACAACAAAUAAGUUUAUCCCUUUGCGGUCUGGAGGUCAGUGUUGAAGGCAGGGAGUUGGGGAUUUUUUUACAAACAUUUUGGAUGAUUGAAAUGUGGAUUUACGGAGGUAAACCGGGGCAAUAGGUGUCAUGGCUGUUACCGUAGGUCGGCACACUGCCGUGUCAGAGGUUACGUUACAACGUCGGGCCCGGUCACCAAGUAUUCGGAUCAAGUUUCUACCCCAGCCCUAAUCCAAACUGUCUGAUUGACUGAACUCGUACGGAGGACAGUCACCUGUUUAUGCCAGAGCGGAUUAAAAGGGGAUUUAAGUUUUAAGAACGACUGGCGAGGGAUAGUAAGUCGGGAGAGAUGCGGUUCUGACAAGAUAGCCCAGGUGGCAUCCCUUGGUGUCCCUCCGGCGUUGCCAGGGCAAACCCUGUCAGCGCCAACACGGACACAGACAGAGACUGAUCGAAAAACACCUACCUCAAACGCCAGGGAGCGCUCUUCUACCUCCAGCAAGCCGUUCUGAACCAACUCUACACAAAUAUCUACUCAACAAGACGUAGUUUUCGGUCCUUUUUACUCCCGGACGCCAUUUCUGGCCCCGGAGACACCACCCCACCGCACCACAGUUUAUUGCUACAAACACUCAUUACGUAGAAGACCUCGCACCCACUUGUAUAAUAGUAAGUCGUAAAUCACGGCUUUCCCUUUGAUGUUUCAAUGCGACUCGAAAAAACGGCUACAAAAGAUACAGGAUAGCUCGAAAACACAUGAGAAACUUGUGUUUGGGUAUUGAUACUAUAACAGGCAAUAUGUGGUGUUUCUGUCGUUGAGUGUCAGUUAGUGGUGCAGUUUGUUUGGCCUUGUUGCCCCCGGGUUGACCAUCUCCCCCUUUGAACUGUCGCAGGCGAGUUUGACAGGAAUAUAUGGCCUUACCCGACCAUCAAAAGACUUCGGACUAGGGUGCUAAUCUACUGCGCCUGUGUAGUUUUCUAACACAGCCCUGGUGUUUCUUUUGUGGCCAUCACUGCGGCUCGGGUCUGUUUCGCGUACGGCCACGACUAGACUCUGUUUGUUGUCAGUUUCUCUAUCUACAACAAGCGGCAGAAAUGGCGGAAGUGACAACGCCGGGACCGCAGAAACAACUCUUAUCUCUGCAAUUCCUGGAGAGCCAGUGGCCAGCAGUGCUGCUACUACUCCGGACCAGACGUUGUCUUUCUCCCUUUGGUCGACACAUAUGGGGAAAACUUGACUCCAAUCCUUCUUGAGGGCUAUCAUUGGUCAAGUACGGUCAUGUGACACCGGGGUGCCAAUGUUAUUUGAUAAGAGUGUCAAGACCUUGUCACAAAGAAAUAAAUUUCUACAAAACAACGAGAUGCAAAAAUCACCUUACUACGAAACAACAUCGCAACAACUUUACAACGGCUACAGCUAUAGUAACGGGGAGAGGUUUGGGUACGAGGGGAGUGGAGGCGGCGGCGGUGGUGGCAGCUAUGGGGCCGAGGUUACACAGGACUUCGGCCCGUCGUGUUCUGUACGGAAGCCGGGCAGUACAACAGGCGGGGGGACUGGCAACGUUAGUCCGACCUGUAUGAAGACAAACCCAGCCGACAACAACCACGGCAGCGCUCCCCAGUCCAACGCCUCCAUCCUAGCUAACACUAAGAUCUACCCCUGGAUGAAGGAGUCCCGCCAAAAUUCGAAACAACGCCAGCAGCCCAAUCUAUCAGUUGGAACGACAGAGCCCGGGGAGUCCCCGGGACUAGGCGGCGCCGCAGGGAAGCGGGCCCGUACAGCCUACACCAGCGCCCAGCUCGUGGAGUUGGAGAAAGAGUUCCACUUCAACCGGUACCUGUGUCGGCCUCGGCGAGUCGAGAUGGCGGCCAUGCUCAAUCUAACGGAGCGACAGAUCAAGAUCUGGUUCCAGAACCGCCGCAUGAAGUAUAAGAAGGAACAGAAAGUUAAGGGCGGGGGGAGUGGAGGAGGUAGCGGGGGCAUGAACAGUCCCUCCCCGCCGGCCACUACAACACCGCCCGGUAUCAACCCCGGGCCCCUGCCCCAUCCCACCACCCAGCCGAGCUUGAGUCAGAGUAACAACAUGUCCAACCACAUGAGCAUGAUGGGUUCGUUACAACAGACUCAGCCGGCCUACAGCCAGUACCCCCCGCCACAUCUGAACCACAGUCUACCUCACCAGGCACCGCCGCACAGCGUCGGACUCACCAUGUCCGGACCUGUGUCUCCGCAAUGUUACCAGUCUAACCACUCUCCCUGUCCGCCCUCGUCAGCCCCCCAUCCCGUCCCCAUGGGGAACCACGUCCCCCACCCCCGCCAGGGGCCCCCACACAUGACCAACGGGCUCCCCGCCUCCCCCCUCGAGGUAGUAAGUCAGCGGCAGUACACUCCCCCCGCGCCGGGACCCUCACCGACAGGCCCCGGGCCGGGUCACCACGGCCUGACGAACUCAUACCCGGAGUGUCCGCCACACCACACCGAGCUACCUCAUCACCAGUACUCCACCCCGAUGUCUGUGGUCAAUAUGAACUACUGUGUGAACGUACAAACUCAGGGAAAUCGUUUAAACAGUGCGCCCAAACUCACGCAUUUGUAACCUCUGGGCCUGGGCAAUGGAAACAUGACACACACUUCCGACUUCCUUAUCAAAAUCAUCAAAAAUGACGAUCAAAAUUUCCCCUCAUAUGUCAUAACUAAUUAUUAUAUAACAAAAUUCCAGCUACCAAAAUCUGUAAGUUUUUGAAAGUCGUGUCCAUUUGCCCAAAGAAGUGUUAGCUGAAAGUAUAAGCCCAGUGCAUCUAUUUAUACGGAGAAUAUGUAUAUUUUCCGCGAAGUUAGAGACGGAAGUACGAAAUGUCAUUGCAAUGAUAGACUCUUGUCAUCUAUUCUAUUCUAAAUGUCUUCUCUCGCUUUCUAUAUGCCUGUGAAUAUAGCAUUUAACUCUUAGCUAGUGUAUUCCUUCACUAUUCCUUGCCGUCCUACAGUAGUUAGUUAGAAGAGAGAGAAACUGAUGUAUUUAUGUAGCUAGUUUUGUCCGUAAUUUAUUCAAAAUAAUAAAUGAAGUAUUCGCUUCGAGGGUAAAAUUGUUAGGAAAUAUUAAAAAAAGACAAUUUUAUCGUUGACGAUUCACCUACAUUGAUGUUGCUGUAUAUGUAGAAUUUUUAGGAUGAGAAAAAAGUGGGGGUAGCGUUCCUAUAUAUGUGAAUGUUCGUACUAUUCAUGUGCAACGAAAUAUUGAAACUUGGCAGUGCAAGACUGAUUUUCUGUGACGAAUAUUUGGGGUGUUGACGUUUGCAAUCUGCCCCGUGUGUUCGUACAUAGCAUAGCAUUUGACCCGACCUGUUCUUUCUGUCAAGCAGUCUUUAUUUGUGUGGGUUCUCCGUAUGUCAUAGUCCAUAUGACCCAGUGUGUAGCUCUCUCCUCACACCCAGAAUGUACACACAAAUUGACUGGGAAAUCUCGCUUUGAAUCUUGACAACAGUCCCCAUGCGAUCACUUUCAUGUACAGGCCUGUCUGAUUUUUGGCACAGACGUUGUCAAUUUUCCAGGCCCUGUGAAUUUUGACCCCAAGAAAACGGAUCUCUCAAUCGCCAACAGACUCUCGUCUAACACGGGUUACUAGGAGAAAGCCACACGGUGUCAAAAAGUCACAAGCGCUCAGUUUACAUUACAACCAAAUGUUCUCGGAGAAAAUGUAGGAAACUGUGAAAUUAAAGGAGAAUAACGUGAAUAUA